AUGUUUUUGUCCUUCUCCCUGUACUUGGAUCUUACAGUUCUACUUGCUCUCGUUCUCCAAGCGGGAGCAGUGCCGCACCCGAUAGUUAAGCGCUCAAAUUCCGAUCUCAGCUUAACGGCCCAACUUCGUCUUGCCGAUACGGCCAUUGAGCGUUACAAGCUGCUCCCCAAUGACUCCGAUUUUGUUUUCAACUUCAACGGUACUGAAGAAAUCCCAGUAGCUACAAGCCAGAAUUGGCCCGCUCUCGUUGGUGUCGGGGCAGCUAUCAGCAUGUCGCAACUGCCAGCAUGCAGUAUGAGCUUCCUCCAUCUCCACCCCCGCGCCACCGAACUAUUUGCUCUGAAUUCCGGCCAUAUUCUCUCCGAAAUGGUUCCUCAGGCUGGAGUUCUGGACAGCAACAAUAGUCAGCGCGUUAUUCGGACGGACCUGCGGCCCGGUCAAGUGACUAUCUACCCGGCAGGAUCAUUCCACACGCAAGUGAACCCGGAGUGUGAGCCAGCAAACUUUACAGCUGCGUUUACAUCAGAUGAAUUUGCUGUGAGUCUGGUGGCAGAACAGCUAUUCUCCUUCAGUGAUGGGGUUAUUGCACGGACCUUUGGGCAGAGUAUUGCCGGGGAGGACAUCGAGAAGGUUCGGAAUGCCAUUCCAUCAAAUAUGGCGAUCAAAGUGGAUGAGUGCUUGGCGAAAUGUGGAACGGAGAAGCGAAUACUGGACGCGGGACUGCACUCUGGACUGAUCGUGCUAGUCAUUGGGCUGAAGCCCUAA